AUGGAACCAAGAAACCAAACACAUAUUUUAGAAUUCAUCCUUUUGGGACUCUCAGAAAAGGCAGAACUUCAGCCCCUCCUCUUUGGACUGUUCCUGACCAUGUACCUGGUCACCUUCACUGGGAACCUGCUCAUCAUCCUGGCCAUCAUCACGGACUCCCACCUCCGCACUCCCAUGUACUUCUUUCUCUCCAACCUCUCUUUUGCAGACAUUUGCUUCACCUCCACCACUGUUCCAAACAUGCUGCUGAACAUUCAGAUGCAGAAUAAAAUCAUUACCUAUGAAGAGUGCAUCACUCAGAUGCACUUUUUCAUUCUUUUUGGAGCAUUAGACAAUUUCCUCUUGACAGUGAUGGCUUAUGACCGGUUUGUGGCCAUAUGUCACCCACUACACUACAUGGUGAUCAUGAAUCCCAAGUUCUGUUGCCUCCUGCUUCUGGCAUCCUGGUUAUUGAGUAUUCUGGACUCUCUAUUAAAUGUCUUAAUGGUUUUGCAACUAACUUUUUGUACACAUUUAGACAUCUCCCACUUUUUCUGUGAAAUUAGUCUGGUAGUCAAACUUGCUUGUUCUGACACUUUCCUCAAUGAGUUAGUGAUGUAUUUUGCAACUGGAAUUAUGGGUGUUAUUCCACUCACUGGAAUCCUUUUCUCUUACUUAGACUGGCUUUAUCUCCUCUAUCACAUGGCAAGAAAUCCAACGCAAAAGCUCCCUGCCACAGAGCUGACUGUCUUUGAGAUUCCCACAGCCAUAACUAACCCAUUGUAA